AUGUUCGGUUUCGGUGACCAAGAAGAUGCUCACGCUGCUAUUUACGGCGAGCAGCACGAAGGUAAGUUCUCUCACGAGCUUGUUGCCGGUGGUGCCUCGUUUGCUGCUUUCAAGAUGUUUGAGGACAGACAAAGACGUGAGGGCAAGCCAGUGAGCCAUGCAUUUGCCAAGGAGAUGUUGGCAGGAAUUGUUGGUGGUGAGGUUGACAAGUUGUUCGAGACCAAGGGCUUGGACUACUUGGACAGAGACGAGGCCAAGAGAAGAGCCUACGAGAAUGUUGAACAGUCCUACGACCAGCACUACGGUGGCCAGGAGCAAUGGCACCCAGACUCUCAGCCACCUUUUGACUACCAGGACCAGAGAUACAACUACUAA